AUGCAUACCCCAGGAGUACAGACAGCUUUAGUGCAGCUUGCACCACCAUAUUCCGGUAUCAUCACCGGCAUAUCGUUCUUCGUUGUUGCCUGGUUCGGUAUUGCGAACAAACUUCUUACCAAACUAAUCGUGCAACAAGGCACGUCUGCCGAAUGGUCCAAGGUAUUUCAAGCCACAAUUACCAGUCAAGUUGAUAUGUCCUAG